AAAACUCACCAGACCUCAAAAUAACUCCUCUCUCUCUUUAUAUUUAUUUUGUUGAUAUUUGUAAUGGAGAGAGUAAGCAAAAUGGUAACUGAAAAGCCAGUUGUGAUAUUCAGCAAGACUGGUUGCUGCAUGAGCUACUCCAUAAAGUCUUUCUUCUCCGAUCUCGGCGUUAACACCACCGUUUACGAGCUCGAUGAGAUGCAAAGAGCUGGCCGUGAGAUCGAGGCCGUGCUUUCGAAUCUCGGCUGCAAUCCCACGGUGCCGGCGGUGUUCAUCGGCGGCCAAAUGGUCGGUGGAGAAAGUGAAGUCAUGAGUCUUCAUUUACAAGGGGCCUUGAAGCCUAAACUCAAAACCGCUGGUGCUUUAUGGGUUUAAUUAUAAAUAAUCGAAAUGAUAAUGGUCUCCUUUUUUUUUAAUAAUAAUAUAUGGACUAUUAUGAAGUGAUGAGUACUCCUUCGUUAUCAUAUUUUAUCUCCAACGUAAAACUUUCAAAAGGAAGACAAUAUAUACAGAGUACUGGAGUACUCUUUAUAGCAAGAAAAAGGGAAAAAAGAAGUAAAAUUAUGUGUGUAAGAAUUUUACUUACAUGCACUACUAACGAUGUGAAAAAUUGUUGUAUCAAUUGUCUAUUAUUUUAUUGUAAUUUCCGUUAAGCAUUUACUUGCUUUUUGUGUUUCUAUGUGGAAAUUGGGUUGGUGUUCAAAAA